AUGGAGAAUGAAUCCAUUACUUCUUCCCUCGAAUCCCCUGGCGACGAACCGAAUUGGCCACGAUCAUGGAGAGCAUACGCUUGCUGGCUUGCUUGUUUCUUCCUCAUGUCUAAUUCAUGGGGACUCGUCAACGCAUACGGAACAUUCGCCUCCUACUAUGUUGGCCAUUCAUUACGAGCAAACGACCAACUUGAACUCAACCUCAUUGGUUCAACUGAAUCAUUCAUGGUGCUGUUUCUUUCGGCACCAGUGGGGAGAUUGCUGGAUGCGGGCCAUUUCAGAGUUAUUAUUGGGGCGGGUGCAUUCCUUGUGUCUUUGGGCAUGUUUAUGCUCUCUAUUGCUCACCCAACGACCGAGGAUGCGCCAGCCAAUUACGGCUACAUUUGGGUUACCCAAGGAUUUGUUGUUGGGCUAGGGAUGGCUUGUUACUUUGUUUCCAGCUCUCAAGUCGCAGCAACAUGGUUCCCCAACCGUAAGGGCCUUGCCAUCGGAUUAGUAGCAUGCGGUGCCAGCGUAGCUGGGGUCGUGUAUCCGACUAUGACACGGUAUCUUAUUGAUGCACUAGGUUUUAACAGUGCAGUUCGUUGUAUUGCAGGCCUCGUCACCUUAACUUCUAUCUUCUCGCUCAUCUUCUCGAUUCCUAAUCCGACUCACACCCAUCCACGGCCGCAGUCAUACCGCAAGCUCCGGACAUGGAUUGACACGGACGCAUUUACCAACAAGGCCUUUUGUUGGUUCAUGACUGCUGUUUCAUUCCUUUUCUUCGGCUUUUAUCCUAUAUUCUUCAACCUGGAGGAAUGGGCCGCAGUAUCUGGCUACGGUACCCGCGACGGCAUCCCCACCCCCGUAAAAGUCAUCGACAGCAGCAACAAACCGCUCCAAACUUUCUGGCUCCUAACCAUCAUGAACGGAGCCUCUACAAUCGGCCGUCUCACCAUGGCCGCCUUCUCUGACAAAACUGGCCCUUUGAACAUGCACAUCGGCGCACAACUCCUAUCUUCCAUCCUCGUCCUCGCCCUUUGGACACUUGCUGAUUCCACCGGCGUCGCUAUCGUGUUCUGCGUCCUGUUUGGUAUCACGAGUGGCGCUGUCAUAGGCCUUCCCCCCGCCAGCGUCGCCAAUAUUCUGUCGUGUACGUAUAGGUCGCCGAGUGAGAAUGUUGUUGGGCAUUCGAAACUUGGGCAGUGGACGGGUAUGAUGUAUUCUGCUGCGGCGAUACCAUCGCUUGUUGGACCUGUUGUUGUGGGACAUUUAGUUACCGAAUAUUCGACGUAUAUUACAGUGCAGUGCUGGUCCGGUGCGUGUUUAUUUAUCUCCGCGCUGUGUAUGCUUACCGCAAGGUGGUAUUUGCCGUGUACAGAUGGGGAGCUUGUGGGUGUUAAGCUUGCGAGGUGGGUGGGGAGGCAUGGCGGACAGGAAGGAAAGUCGAGUUCAUGCGCGAGUUUGCGAUUCCAAGCGAACUUUGGGUACCAAUACAUUUGCAGAGUCUGA